GGCAAAAUCCUCUGGUAGCGGACGAGGAGCGAGUUCUUUGUCCUGCCUAGGGAAUUGUUCAUCAUGUAUUCUAUGAUGUUCUCUGUAGGAGAGGAGUAGGGAGUUGAGUUGGAGAGAUAUUAGUUUCCAGGGGAUUAUCUUCUCAAUGAAGGACGUUGAACUUAGGUAAUGCGUGAGGUGAAAUAUGAAACGCGUACAUGGUCGGUUAGACCACCUAAGAGAGCAUUGCAGAAACUAUCACUUAGAGGACAUUCCCCGUCAAAGAGCAGUAUAUCCGGAGAAGCAUCGGAUUGAUCGUUGCAGUGUCUAUAGCUGGUGGCGGUGCGCUAAAUGUCUUCGGCGAGUAAAUGGUAGCUGGACAUGUCUAGAGUGGAAUACGGUAUGCGACUGUUUCAGGAAAGAACUUUAAGCCAAACUGGGCCAUAAAAUAGGUGUUAUUUCUGAUAGUUAUUUAGAUUGCUCAAUACUUUUCCAUGUCUAUUGUUUAGAAACUGAUUGGGAUAUCUAAC